AUGCCCAAUCUGCUUACUCCAUACAAUUUUCCCUUUGUAAGUCCAAUGCAUAUUAAAACUGCAAAUGAUUAGAUUCUAAUCGAAAAUUUGGAUUUCUUUUUAGGUACAAUUACAUCUAAAAAAUUGAUGGAAUAUUAUAAAAGAUUUUAAGUAGAACUAGAAAUUCCAAAACUUCUUGGUGAAAUUUUUUCAUAAGUUCUUUGUAGCUUUUUAUUUUAAUUGCUGAGUGAUUUAAACAAAUUUAAAUUGAAAAACACCCAUUUAUUAUUAUAAGAUGUCUUAGCUCUAUUAAGAAUACUGUUUUAAAGCAAUUAAACUACUGUUUUAGAAGAAGUAGUUCAAAAUGAUUAAUAGACCCUUGUUAGAAUCUUAAAUUUAAUAUUGCAAUUUAUGAUAAAGUAAAAUAACAUUAAUGAUUUAGAAUCAGGAUUGUGUUUAAUAUUUAAUAACAACAUUAAUCAAUCGGCGAUAAUUCAAGCUUUGACCGAAAACCUAAUCAUUUCAUAAAUUGAAUAAAAGUCACUGCCAUAUGAUCUAGAAAGAAUAAGUAAGGACUUAAAAUAACAUUAUAUAAACAAAUUUCAAUUGAACUUCAAAAUUUUUAUUAAGAUAUUAUCUUUCACCUUGCUAAAAACAAAAAUGUAAAUUUUUGCCAUUGUAGAGAAUGGAGAAUGAGGAGCAGAAUCAAUACCUUUGUUUGAUUUGUCUUAAGAAGAAGUUCGCUCAUUAUUGUGGAAGACCAUAAAAUGUAAAUAUUUAGUCUUAAAUUAGACAUAAUUUGGAAAUUUGUCCAGACAUUGUUAGAAAAGGCAUUCUGGUAAAACCUUGUAUCUUAACUUAAAAAACAGUUAAUUAUCAUCAUGCAAUCACCAUACAUCACACUUCACGUUUCCCCCUUAGAUUAAAAUUUAAUAAGGGUAAUUACCGUACAUAGGGUAUUAUCCAUCAAUUCAUUAUAAAAAUUUCAUCUUAAAUCUUAAAGCCAUUGAUUAGAUUAUAGAAAUUAUCCUUACAGAUAAAUUUGUUCAUAAAUUAUUUUAAAAUCUCAAUAAAGUGUAAAGAACCACUUUGUGA